AUGGACAAGGGCAGCCUCGCUGAGGGGGUGCAGGAGAGCGAGUGUGCGGGGCCCGAGAGGUCCUCGAUACUCAGCGAAGUUUCUACCCGGUCAAGAUCUAAACUGCCCUCGGGCAAGAAUAUCCUUGUUUUUGGUGAUGAUGGUUCAGGUAAAACCACACUUAUGGCUAAAAUACAGGGAGCAGAGCAUGGAAAGAAAGGAAGAGGGUUGGAAUACUUGUAUCUAAAUAUUCACGAUGAAGACAGAGAUGAUCAUACUCGCUGUAACGUUUGGAUUCUGGAUGGAGACUUAUACCAUAAAGGCCUAUUGAAGUUUGCAGUUUCUGCACAAUCCCUGCAAGACACCAUUGUAGUCUUUGUUGCAGAUAUGUCUAGACCUUGGACUGUUAUGGAGUCUUUACAGAAAUGGGCCAGUGUCUUGCAAGAACAUAUUGAUAAGAUGAAAAUUCCUCCAGAAGAGAUGAGAGACAUGGAACAGAAGUUUAUAAAGGAGUUUCAAGAGUAUGUAGAACCUGAAGAAGGCUACCAAGGAUCACCACAAAGAAGAGGUCCUUCUGGCCAAGAGGAUGAACAUGUUUCUUUGCCACUUGGAGAAAAUGUGCUGACUCACAACCUUGGUAUUCCUGUGCUGGUAGUUUGUACAAAAUGUGAUGCAGUGAGUGUAUUAGAGAAGGAGCAUGAUUACAGAGAAGAACACUUUGACUUCAUUCAGUCACACAUUCGUAGAUUCUGCUUACAGUAUGGGGCUGCCUUGAUUUAUACAUCAGUUAAGGAGGAAAAGAACCUUGAUCUGUUGUAUAAGUACAUUGUACAUAAAACAUAUGGGUUUCAGUUUACCACGCCUGCCUUAGUGGUAGAAAAGGAUGCAGUUUUUAUACCUGCUGGUUGGGACAAUGAGAAGAAAAUUGCUAUUUUACAUGAAAACUUCACAACAGUGAAACCAGAAGAUGCAUAUGAGGACUUCAUUGUAAAACCUUCUGUACGAAAGUUAGUCCAUGAUAAAGAGCUGGCAGCAGAAGAUGAACAAGUAUUUCUUAUGAAGCAGCAGUCAUUCCUUGCCAAACAGCCAGCAACGCCUACAAGAGCAUCAGAAUCUCCUGCAAGAGGCCCUGCAGGAUCCCCAAGAACUCAAGGCAGAGCUGGUCCCACCAAUGUGCCCAGUGCCUCACCAAUAACAUCAGUUAAGAAACCAGAUCCAAAUAUUAAAAAUAAUGCUGCAAGUGAAGGUGUCCUGGCUAGCUUCUUUAACAGUCUGUUGAGCAAAAAGACUGGCUCUCCUGGGAGUCCUGGUGCUGGAGGAGUGCAAAGUACAGCCAAGAAAUCAGGACAAAAGACAGUUUUGACAAAUGUUCAAGAGGAAUUGGAUAGGAUGACUCGCAAGACAGACUCUAUGGUAACAACAAACUCUCCUCCAACAGAGAAUGAAGCUUGAUAAUGCAUAAAAAUGCCUAUGUAAAUGACCAAAUAACUAUGUAUAUUGAUCUGAUAAGACCAGGAAUUUUCUGCUAUGGCAGAUGCUAUCAGUUUUUCUUGGGGCAGGGGAAAUGAGCUUACUACGUCAUUGCCUUGUCCCAGUAAAAAGUGCACAUUCAGGAAGUUUGCAUAUAAAAUCCCUCUGUAUAAGAUAACCAUUUAGAGUUUAUAUAGGGCAAUUCUUUUGGUUUUGGAGGUAAGCAGGUGCAGCUGCAUUUCCUGUUGUGAAGAACACAGAGAAGCAAAAUGGAGAAUUCUUAUGAAAAACCUACUACUGACUGCACACGAGGCAAGAAAGAUUAAUGAAAUCCUCUUUCAGAGUUACUGGAAUUGGCUACUUGUAUGUUUGGAAAUGCGUUGUAUUCUUGGAAAGGUGGUGGUGGUGUAACAGAGCAUUAAUUAGGUGAGAGAAGCCUAGGUGGGGAAUGGAGCCCUAAAAGGGGAAACAAGUUUGGGACAGUGAGAAACUAGAAUGUUGGAUUGACUGGAGAGGAGCAAUGUUGUUUAAUCCUGUGUUUCACAUAGGGUAAAUAGUCACUGUUUUAAAAAGGCUACUUUACAUUGGAUAAUUCCAGGCCAAACACUAAGCAUUAUGGGAAUUUAUUCUUACUAUAAAUCUUCUUUUAGUUU